AUGACGUUUAUGGUUUUGAGACUAUCAGCUGGGCAGAUAGCAUUCCGGCAGUUCCUGAAGUCCGAGUACAGUGAGGAGAACAUACUGUUUUGGCUCGCCUGCGAGGAGUACAAAAAAAUCAAAACAGUCCCAGAGAUGAUCUCCUCUGCCAACAGGAUCUACUCAGAGUUUGUUCAUUCAGAAGCACCCAGGCAGAUCAACAUAGACUGCUCUACCAGAGAAAACAUAACAAAGAACAUCUCCCAGCCGACCCUGACUUCGUUUGAUACAGCACAGAAGCUUAUCUACAGUCUGAUGGCCAGGGAUUCCUACCCACGGUUCCUAAAAUCUGACAUCUAUCAGGGACUCCUGAGGAGAAAUACUUCAAGGUGA